AUGGGUCACCAGCAACUCUGCUGGAGCCACCCGAGAAAAUCCGGCCCUUCCUGCUCUUGCCGUGUGUGCCCAAUGGACAGUCUGAUCCAGAAAUACAGCCUCGAUAUGUGCCACCAGUGUAUCCAUCAGUAUGUGACAGAUGUAUGCUCCAUCAAGUUGGACUAA